GUGUGUAUGAUGCAAUUGAUCUUGAUACAAACUUGUUACUGUGAAUAAGUGAUGAGCUUUUAUACGGUCGUUUAUAUAAAGCCCAGUAACCUUAUCUUUGCACGAGUCUUUUACUAGUUAAAUCAUGAUUAAAACAGGAGAUUACAGCAGUUUAAUAAUUGAUGAUUAUUCUAUUUUAUGUAGCACAUUCUUCUUUCGUCCUUCUAUCUUCUAAAAAAAAAUCGUUAUGAUAAAAGAAAAUGACUUUGACGAGCCUACUCCAGGCACAGUUGUUUCUUCCCGUCGUAGAUUCAAUUAUGAGCAGACACAGAAAUUGUUGGAUGAAUUCCAUUGCAAUCGCAACCCUAGUAAAGUAGAGAUGGAGUCGAUUGCAUUCGGUGUUCUACAACGCAAGAAUGAUUCGGACGUGAGACGAGUCAAUCAGUGGUAUCAAAAUAGAAGGGCACGAGAAAACAAAAAGCGAUGGCUUAGGAUAAAAAAUUUGGUGACAGAAGAAGACUGCAGUGAUACAAGUCUAUCUUGUCAUUUUAGUCCAACACUGAAUGCAGAACAAAGUGUUAGCAGCUCGCAAUCCUCAACACCGCAACUUUUGACAAAACAAGAUAUUACCACCGCUCUGAAAACAGUAACUGAAGCAUUUAGUAUGGUAUACGAUGACACUACCACGGAUAUAUUGAAAGAGUUCCAGCAGGAGUUUUUAUACUCACUGCCGUAUUAG